GAAACAACGCCCUUGUAUUUCGUACAACUUGGAGUAAAUAUUUCAAGGCCUGGCAAUGCCGACGAUUGCCAAUUUUUACAAUGGAGGUGGAUAGCGACUCAGGGUCGCGCCGGCUGGCUCUAAUAAGAGCUGUAAGAACCCUCGACGAAGAUGGAUCAAUUGCGCUGCCCGAUAAAAUCCAAAGGCUCUGGCUGUUACUUUCGGAAACUAAGGCUACGAGAUUUCAUGGUGUCGAAGAGAAUAUACUACGAUGGUUAUUCAAGCAUAUGAGCGGCAACACUGAGAAUGCUGAACAAGUUCGACGCUAUCCUCUCACUUGGACGAUUCUGAGCCACAUCUUCCCCAAGAUUCCGUCGCAGACUUUGGGGAGGUCGCUAGCUUCCCUCCGCUUCGUUUCUGUUCUUCGUCAGACGAUAGGCGACAUUACUACUGCCCGACGGAAGUCUCCUUCAUCCCCGAGCCAGACGAAUGGGGUUGCCUCAGAGAAAAAGAAGAAAAGAAAGAGAGAGACUGGGUUUCCCUCAGAUAUCGAGGAACUUCGUACCCCUGAAAGCUGUAUCAAGUCGGCGAGUGAACUCUUCAGGGCACUGAACAGUCUUCUUAAUCAAGGAAACCAUCGGACAGGGCUUAGCGCCCCAGAACAAAAAGUAGGGGCCGAACAUAUUAAAUCACUUUUCUCUUCGUCUAAUGACGAGACUAGAGAUAUUGCUGCAGGCCUACUUUUAACUUGUGAUCGCUCGUUAAGCAUUCUUGAACAAGGCAUUUCUCGAGAACAAGAAUCAUGGAUUGGGAUCAUCGCUACUUUAUGGAACCUUCGCCUCCACAACAAAGAUGACUCUCUCGAGUUUGCUAGGCAUAUGUAUGUGCCGGCCUGUUUUAUUUUGGCAAGGUUGCGUGGUCUUACCGGAGUUGCGCCAGUAACGGUAGCUAGCAAUACUGCUAAAAACCUUUGGGUUCGACAGCUCGAACAAUUCUUAGGCGCAUAUUUCAUCCGUCCAGCAAGGCACACGUUUGUACCAGGCGAGAAUAUCGAGGCCUUGGAGAUCGCACUAGGACUCUCAAAGAGGAAUCUAGGCGGAUCAGCUAUUAUUACAUGGGAUGUUGCAGCAAGAACCCCUCGCGACUCGAGUAACCCAAAAUCCAAGACUGAGCAUUUAUUGUGGGCUCAAAAUGUUUUCGAAAUCUUCCUUAACGCGAUACAGCCCUUGGAAUCCCUAGUUCGAAAUCAAGUCAUCAUUCAGAUGCUAGAAACGGCAACCCAGACUAACUCGGUUCCAAACACGGCAGCUCUCCGUUCGGUGUGUCGAGAAUAUGCCUUGAGGCCAAACGAAAUCGAUUGGAAUCUAGUUUCUAAAGUUGUUGCUUGUGACGCCGACGUGUUCCUAAUGGAUCAGACUCUGAUGGAAGAUAUUCUCGGCAAAAUAAGCUCCUAUUCGAGUUAUGAUUCCAUUACGAAGGAGACUAUUGUAACUAAGAUCAUCCUCCCUUUGGAAGACGCCUUCGCAAGGACGCGCAACCUUUCGGGCUUCAUUGAAAAAUGGCACGGCUGUCUUAACGAGAGUGAUACGGAUUCUCUGGAUCAAAGUAUAUGGUUUGAUAUCAAAAUUCGACAACGGCUUGCUAGCAUUUUACAGAGUUCGUUGACAAGCACGCAACUACUACGUAUAUUAGAACGCCUAGAUUCACCAGAUGCUAUUAUUGGAUCGGUCUUGGUCGUCCUUGAUGGUAUCUCUGCGGGAAUCACCGAGGAAGAUUUUAUCAACAACGCCGAUUCCAAGAUUUUCUCCGCAGCUUUCAAGGACAAGUCGUAUAAAAAUCUCUCAUCUUCUGUAUUGUCGUUAAGAUGGCGCAUUGCCGGCCGGCUAGCUUCGUGGGAAACAUCCGAUGAAGUUCGUCGACUCUGGUCUGAGUUAAAACCAACUCUUAAACAUGUCCUCAAGAAGUCUGCUCUAUCUAAUCCUGAGACUUUCGAAGCAUUUACUUGUUGUCAUAAGUUAUGGCUAGCGAAUUACCCCGGCGGUAAACGCGAGGCAGACCUAGCCAAAUUAAUGGGUUCAUUCCUCGAAAGACUUUCUUCGAAAAUAAAAACUAAAGAGGAUAUUUCUGUGUACGAGCCCUAUUUAAAUUAUAUCUUUCGCCACCUACCAAAGCUUGCAGAGUUUUCCAAACAAGAAACGGGCGACCUCAGAGAUCUCAUCACGAACCUAUUUUGGCAUGUCGGGAAACAAUCUGCGACUGGGGCUAAUACACAACUGGAUGACACCAUACGAUCGCUUUUACGCAACGUAGAUGGCGAGGAUGAUGAAGCGUUUGUUGACGCACUCAUAUCACAACCUCUCGAUGCUCUUGAUAGCGCCGAGGCUCAAUCAGGCUGGACGCAACCACAGAGCCUCUCGUUGCUGUUGAUCCUUCUAGAAUUCCCACGAGACGCUUUCACAAAAGGACGUCGUAAACGCAUCAUGUCUUCCUGGAAGACAUGGAGAUCCGCAAUUAUCAGUCACGCAUCGCAGGAUUCCCAUUUUGCGGUAGUUAUGCUCCGGUUGCUAAUUAAAGUAAUGCAACAGCCGACAUUUUACGAAGAUAUGGAAUUUGAUGACCUCGUUUACAUCUCCAACAACUUACCAAUCAAAGAUAAUAAGACACUCGCUUUAAUUGAGAAAUUUAUCGACCUAACGCUGAGGCAAAUGGUUGCUAGCACCGAAGGUCAUUCACAAGCCUACCUGGAUGAUGCUUGGAAAUUUGCGGAGAGUAUCACGCCAGAUAAACCGGGAUUCACAGAUGCUCAAAUGCUCUUAGUGAAAGGCCUAUUUUCUGCGCUGGAUAAGUGCAAGUCACAUGGCUCCACUAUCAGCUUGGAGUCAAUGGCAACGAAACUAUCAGGCAUGAUAGUAACCAGCUUAUCCUUGAUCGGGGGGAAAUAUGAGAGGGCAAAGGCAGCUACUGGGGAUGAGUCGAUACUGCUUCGGCUUUCUAUUGCAUUGAGCGGAGCCGCAUCUCUUGCCGAAGCCAGCGAACCAAAAACAAUUGAACUCUCAAAGGAGACAACGGAGCAGCUAGAGAGUAUAAGCACAUCAUUGAUAUCGAGCAAUUUCGAGAUUGGUUGGAAGUUACGGACAUGCCUCUUCAGACACAAUCCCGACAUAUACGAUACGACAGAUUUAUUCGCAUUGCUGGACCAAACGUCGGAAACAAUUGAUGAAGGCUUAGUGUACGGCUUGGUGGAUGCUUUCGUUGGACAAGGAGAGGUUAGAGAAGAUGUUACAGGUGAUAAGGUGCUUGGCGAACUAGUUGCUAGUGGCAAGCUGACUGCCGGACCUAUCGGACGUCUACUAGCUAUCAGAAGGCUUGUUGAAGUGCAGCAAGGACCUUUUACCCCAAAUGGUGUCGGUAAGAAUCGAGACAUCCUUGACCUUGGCGUCGUACACGAACGACUCGCGUCUCUACUAAGUCAGGUGGAAUCGCCCCGCCAUUUCAGACAAUUGGCAGAAAUCUUGGUAUUGCUACUUGAUAAACAUGCCAACUCGAUGACCCAAAUCAACGUGGAGACAACUCUGAGUAGCGUCGUUCACGUGUGUUCGCAAAAUGGUCCUAAGCUCCACGGCCCUAAAGUAGCUGGCGAGAUCUACGACAAGUUAUACAAGCUCGUGGCUCUUGUCCUUAAGAGACAUCGGCUUCGGUUAAGAGGGCAUUUCCCAAUCCUACUUGCCGCGCUGCGAGCACUUCUCAGUACCCUGCUUUCCGAUCCUACUUCAACCAGAAGCAUAUCAUCCUUGCAAGCACGUCCGCCAUGGCUCGAAUUACGUCUAAAAGGGAGACAUGCAGAGCGAUUUACUCGCCUUCUGACAUUAAUAUGUGAGCCUAGCGCGGCAUCUGUAGCCCGUACGAGGUCGAGCGAGCUAGAUUCCGCCACGGAUGUCGCCAAGCGAGCCGCGGGGCAGGACAUGUUCACCGUCUUGGAGCUGUACAUCAAGUUGCAACUCGAGAUGACCAUCCCUCGCGACGUCAGAAAGGCACUUGAGCUUGGCGUCUACUCGAUCCUCGAUAUCACGCCUCAGGGAUGCAGGAGGGUGCUGAACGAAUCGUUGGAUGCGAAUGGACGAGCCAUAUUUAGAGAGAUGUUCGCGGAUUACAAGAAAUUUGGGAAGUGGUCUGGUGUUUAACUGGGUCUUGUUGCUACAUAUAGAUGCUUAGGAGAUAUAUACCCUGUUGCCCCUUUUGCCCUUGUUCAUAUCCACGUGUCGGAGUAUAGAAGAGAAUUUGGAAUAUUCGUGAGUCGCGUGCGUGAGUGGAGAAAGACUACUACGGUAGUAACUAUACGAGC